AUGUCCGAAUUUGGAGCUGAACAACCCGUUAUUCAAACGGAUAUCAAUUCUCUUACGGCUUAUCAAUUACCCUCCUUCCCUUCAUUUGACUUGCCUCCUCUUCCACCGAUCAACGAUCCUCAUCUCGAGCGAAUCAUCGACUCGUACACCUCGACUGGACUUCGACCUUUGGUGUUUGAUCAGGACGUCUUCGUGAUGGACCGUCCGGAUGAGAGCUAUUUCGAGGAGUUGCAAUUGGUUGGAAACGCUCUUCUUGAGGCCACAGCGACUACUUGGGGUCACGAUACAUUCCCUGCCUUCCGUCAAGGUGCAUCAAGUCAAUUGCAAAGUCACCUGAUUCGUAAAUCUACGUUAUGUCAAGUCGCCGUACGAUACAAUCUCCAUACCAAAGUGAAUUACGAUCCGAAAAUUUCCAUAUGGACAGCGACUGAUAUAGGAAGAGCUCAAUCGGCGGUCUUUGAAGCUCACAUCGGUGCUGUAUACUAUUCGUUAAUCGGGAAGACACCAACAAAAGAGAAAUGUGACGAUACACCAGACCAAACAUACAUGCAAACACAAGCCACAGAAAAAGACGAGACUGAGGAUAAAUCUUCAAUCGUUGAGACUCAUCACGUAAAUUCCAAACUUGAAAACUCAAGCAACGAAAUUUCACCAAAUAACUGUAAAGUUAAAACCAGAGGCCAAGCGUUUGAAUACCUUUAUUCUUGGCUCUCACAUCUAUUCAAGCUUAUGUCUAAAUUCAUACUAGAGGAAUUGAAAAAGGAAGAAAGCCGUUUCGAAUCUAGUCGACCUAAUCCUCGAAAAAUCACUCUGAAAUUUCCCGUUCCGCCUGAAUGGGAAUUGGAAGAUACGAAAGCGAGAGGAGGUAAACAUGUUUUACAUGCUCAGCAUCAAUUGAUUAAAGUCAGACCUACUUACACUGCUACGGCCUUGGAUGGACAUUGGGAUGUUCAACCUUGGAAAGUGGUUUGUACGGCUGUUGAUGUGAAUGGUAAAGAAUGGAUUGCAGAAGCUACGAGGAUCAUUAAGAAAAAAGCUGAGAACAUGGCUGCUUGGAAGAUCUGUGUGGAAAUGGGUCUGAUCAGUGUAGACGAGUGA